UGAUGUCGGGUCUGUAGUCUGCAGUGGCAUCAAGGCACAUCUCACACAUUCACAGAGAGGAUCUUCACAGACCGGCGAGAUGCGGAGGAUAGUGGAGCUCGUGGCGUGUUUGCUUAUGAUGUCCAGUCAUGUCUCAUCUCAGAGCAAGAUCUUCGGGGAGGAACAAGUCCGCAUGACAUCAGAGGGAUCCGACUGCCGCUGUAAGUGCAUCAUGCGGCCUUUGACCCGGGACGCAUGCGCACGCUUGCGGACAGGAAGUGUGCGUGUGGAGGAUUUUUACACGGUGGAGACGGUGAGUUCCGGAGCUGACUGUAAAUGCUCCUGCACGGCUCCGCCCUCUUCUCUCAACCCCUGCGAGAACGAAUGGAAGAUGGAGAAACUCAAGAAACAGGCGCCAGAACUGCUCAAGCUGCAGUCCAUGGUAGAUCUUCUGGAAGGAACUCUCUUCAGUAUGGACCUUCUCAAAGUUCACUCAUACAUCAAUAAGGUGGUGUCUCAAAUGAAUAACCUUGAGGAGAUGAUAAAGAUGAACCUCUCUCGGGAGAAUGACUUUGUGAGAGACAGCGUGGCGACUCUGACCAAUCAGCUACGGCAGUAUGAGAACCAUUCUGACAUCAUGAUGAGCAUAAAGAAAGAGCUGUCCAAUCUGGGCCUUCAGCUGCUGCAGAAAGACUCCACCCCCUCAGGCCCUAAAAGCAAAGCUCAGGACACACUGGGGACAAAUAUCAAAGAUGUUUCAAAGUUUCCAGCAAAGAAACCAGAAAAAGGGAAACCUCCACCAAAGCCAGCGAAAGAAAAGCCCGCCAAGCCAAAGAAAGAGACCACAAAACCAAACAAACCCGGUAAACCAGAGCAAACAGAACUGCCCGGUAAAACCAAACCAUCACAGAACCAGCCAGGACUCAUCCGGGGAAUCACAUACUACAAAGCCACCAAAACUGAAGAGACAGGCAACCAGAAAGAGAGACCCGAUGAAACGGACACUUUGCUUGAGGUAGAGGUAGAGGAAGAGGAAAGUACCAUACUUCCCGGCACCUUAGCAACAGAGAUAACCCCGGCAACUGUACCCAUGACAACAACAACAACAACAACAACAACAACAACACCUCCCACAACAACAACAACAACAACAACAACAACCCAGAGGACGACAACCACUAGCAGAAAAAUAUACAGAGAGGAGCGACCAGCUCCAACCAUUGCACUAGUGCUGGACAACACCAGCAACAACUCAUACAUCGCAGUUAAAGAGCAGAGCUGUGAAGGGACGCUGGCGUCUGUUGAUCUGCCGGUCAAACAGCACAGUUACGGCAGGAAUGAGGGCGCAUGGAUGAAGGAUCCCGCCGCCAAGGACUCCAAAAUCUACGUCACCAACUAUUACUACGGCAACAACCUUGUGGAGUUCCGGAACUUGGACAACUUUAAACAGGGCCGUUGGAGUAACCUGUACAAGCUGCCUUAUAACUGGAUCGGAACGGGUCAUGUUGUGUACAGAGGAGGGUUUUACUAUAACCGUGCCUUCACAAAGAACAUCAUCAAAUAUGACCUCAAGCAACGUUUUGUAGCCGCCUGGGCUCAGCUCCACGACGUCGUCUACGAAGACACCACACCUUGGAAGUGGAAAGGUCACUCUGAUAUCGACUUCGCCGUGGACGAGAAUGGACUUUGGGUCAUUUACCCGUCCGUUGAUGACGACUACGGGCAGGCCGAGGUCAUUGUAGUCAGUAAACUAGAUCCCAGUGACCUGUCUGUCAAAAAGGAGACCACGUGGAGGACGAGACUGCGGAGAAACUCCUUCGGGAACUGCUUCAUAAUAUGCGGCGUCCUGUACGCGGUGGACAUUUACAAUCGGCGGGAAGGGGAGGUUUCGUACGCAUACGACACGCUCACGGGCGCCGAGGCGUCCCCGCGUUUACCGUUCAUCAACGAAUACGGGUUCACCACACAAGUCGAUUACAACCCGAAAGAGAAGGUUCUGUACGCCUGGGACAAUGGACACCAGCUCACCUACAGCAUCAACUUUGUAGAGCAAGAAAAGAAAUGAAAUCAGACUUAUUUACUCAAAGCAAAAGCCACUUCCUGAUUGUAACUGCCUCAUUGGUUCCACUGACAAAUGCUCUCUUGAAACGGUCUAUCGUCUCCUAAUGAACUUUAGCAGACGUUUCUUAGAGAUUAUAUGAAUACAAAGGGAUUACAUAACCGCUGCUCUCAAAUUCAAAUCCCGUUGUAUGAAAUCUAAAGGCCCUUUUAUACGAUUUACGUCAACAUUCCCAGUAACUGCGGAGUUACUUGUUGUGCGCAGGUUGACCCACAUAAACUUUGACCAUUUCGAAUUAGCAAACGAUUUUAAUUGGUUAAAGUUAACCAAUUCUUUCUGCACACGUCGCCGGCAUUUUUAAGCAUGAUUAUUGGACAAUUUGUAUAACCUUUGUUUUGCUACUUAAAACAGAACAGGAUAGUUUUUUUGUACUUGCACAUUGUUCUUACGUCCAGUUAAAGGUUGUAGAUUGUUCACAAUUGACCAUUUGCAAAGACCAGAUGCUGUUGUCGGACAAAAAUGGGAGAUUCUGCGUUAUGAUUGGACACAUCACCUGUCAAUCAAACUCAUGCAAAGGGUGAAUUGCAUCUUGCAUUUAAUUUUAAUCUCUAUUUUUUUAAAAAACUACUUUUAAAUGUGUACGCAAUUUACACUUUCCUAACCAGGCAUGCUGAAAAUAAAGCAACAUCAAACACAUUUUUUUUUAUAUAAAAUAAUAAUUACAUUUAAAUUUGAAAUAAAAUUUAUAAUAAAUACAAUUAAAUAAUACAAUGUAAUGUUUUACUUAUUGUUUUUAUGUAGUAAGAAUAUCUAAAAAUCUUUACUGCAUAUUUUUAAUGGGAUUGAACUUAAAUACAAGUGUAUUUUGUUUGCAACUCUUACAUUUUUAACAGUUUUAAGUGAAAAAAAAAACUUUAAAACAAGUCAAAAAUCUCAAAUAUUUAAAAUACAUGUUUUUUGCUUCUCAAAUGAAUUGGUGUUGCUUAAAGGAUAUAUAUUUUAACAGGUGAAUUAGACAAAAAACGUAUUAAGAACAGGAUUUCCAGCAGCGGCAUGGCAUAAAUCCUCCUGAUUACAAACGUCUUGCGCAUCUCUCCUGGUUAAGACAUGUGUAAAUCAUUAAGUAAAAGGUUUCGUGACUUGCUCUUCUUUAACACAAAUAAAAGCUUGUCAUGCCAACCACACCAACAUAACGUAACCUCAUGUUUCACGUACCUGUAAUGAUAUUUUAUAAACAUAACAAGCAUUCUGAAGGAAAACUGUUAUAUGUUUUCACAUCAAGAAUGUGCCAGAAAAUUGUCUUCCAGUGUUUUGGCCCAUAUAGCCUCAGCGGACUGGUAAAGCAUAACAUCAUAAUGAAGAAAGAAUGCUUUGUGUGCUAAUGAGAGCGUAUGAUUAUGUUUGGGAGUCUCUUUAAUGACUGUACAGGGUUACCAAUAGACUGUUUAUAUGCGAGGUAAGCCUGUGUGACGCAUUGGUAAGGAUACAUGUGUCACGUAUAAACAGUUCAGCGGUGUUUAAAAUGUUGCUUUAAAGCAGUUUGUCGUCCUCGUGCCCUCUGUAAAUAGCAGAAUAUUUUUUAAUUUUGUCUUGAGUUUUUAGAAACCCAAUCUUCCCAAGAGGAAGAGAUUUCUUUAACUCUGUCAAUGAAGCAUGUCUGAUUUUAAUAAAGUUGAAUUGGA